UACGACCACGCCUACUCAUUUGAUUUGCGGUCGCCAAGAGCUAGCCUGGAGUACAACCCCGCGUACAAUAAUAAUAUACAACUACAAGGCAAUAAAGCCGGAAUCACUCAACUUUAAGUCUUAGAUCUGGAGCAAUAUGGCAGGCAAAUUAUCGCCAGUUUUACCAACAACUCUCAUUCUCAUUGCAGGAUUUGGAGGUUUGUUCCUGCUCAUGGUUAUGCUCUUCGCCAAACGUCAAAUCACGCGCUUCAAAUUUCGUUCGCGGAGGACCCCUCACACCGCUGUUGGUCACGGGGCACCAAAGCGACUACAGUUAGAGAUUGAACAUCUGGUACAGAGGACGCAACAAAUCAAAGGGUUUCCAACGUUGCUUGCGGAUGAUGACUAUAGGCUACAGUAUCUUGCCAACACAGAGUCAGAUAGAUGCACUUAUGUCUACAGAAUGAAAGCGGUCGAUGCAUUCAUUCAUUUCGAAGAACAGGUCAAAAAGUUGGAUGGACGUCUGUCUCGGCCUAUUGGUGUGAGCGUUCGAGAGCAUAUCAAGCAGCUUAAAGUUUCACCUUUAACACCUCUUAAAGGAGCCAGUGAUGCACUAUGUAGGGCAUACAUUGAUGCAUAUGAGCAUGCUAGGUUUGGAUGUAAGCCAUUUGGAGAAGCUGAGUACAAUAACUACAUGGCAUUACUUCAUGAGCUGAUAAAUUGUUUACGACAUAAGAGUCAUAAAAAGAGGAAAGUCAGUCAGGCAACACACCCAUCCCAAGGUGCUACCAGGUCUAGUAUCGGCAGUCAGCUUUCUCAGGUAUCUGGACCAUCACCUAACCAGGAUAACACCUCCUCUAACAACAGAACCACAUCAUCUCUAGGGAGCAUCCAUCGCCAUGUAAAACCUCAACAACUCAGCCCGAAAUCCACUGCCGAUGAGACGUCUAGACUGACCGAUGGGAGCAGUUCUCAAUCGCAGACCAUCUAUGACGGAAGCACCGAACGCAUUCACUUGUUAAGAAACCCCGACAGGUUGCACUAUGCAAGGAAGGAUACAACCUGAGUUUGAAAUCAAUUCCUUUUUUGUUUAAGAAGGAUUGAUUGUUGAUAAGACAUCCAGGCUGACUGGUGGAAGCAGUUCUCAAUCGCAGACCAUCUAUGACGGAAGCACCGAAUGCAUUCACUUGUUAAGAAACCCCGACAGGUUGAAUUACGCAAGGAAGGAUACAGCCGGAGUUUGAAAUGGAUUCUUAUUUUGUUUGUGAAGGGUUGAGUAAGACAUCCAGGCUGACUGGUGGAAGCAGUUCUCAAUCGCAGACCAUCUACGACGGAAGAACCGAACGCAUUCAAUUGUUAAGAAACCCCGACAGGAUGCAUUAUGCAAGGAAGGAUACAACCUGAGUUUGAAAGGGAUUCUUCUUUUGUUUGUGAUAGACUCAAUGUUGACAAGACAUCCAAACUGACCGAUGGAAGCAGUUCUCAAUCGCAGACCAUCUAUGACGGAAGCACGAACGCAUUCACUUGUUCAGAAACCGCGACAGGUUGCGUUACGCAAGGAAGGAUACAUUCUGAGUUUGAAAUGAAUUCUUAUUUUGUUUAAGAAGAUUGUUGAUAAGACAUCCAGGCUGACUGAUGGGAGCAGUUCUCAAUCACAUACCAUCUACGAUGGAAGAACUGAACGCAUUUACAUGUUAAGAAAUCCUGACAAUUUGCAUAACGCAAGAAAGGAUAUGACCUGGGUUUGAAAUGGUUUGUAUAUUUUGUGAAGAAUUCACAUUCCAUCAUUGUCUAGACUGUAGGUGAAACGGCUUUCUCAUUUAUCAGAACUUGCCGCUUGACAGUAGUAUUGCAAGAUUGUGCGUGUUUGGGUUUUAUACAGAUGUGCAAUAUGAUUAUUUAUGUGGAGCACUGUAGCCCAGUGGAUUAAUCUCCUGAACAGAUGUUCGUGGGUUCAAGUCCCGGAUAAAACAGGACUUGUCCGAUGAAUUAUCUGACAAGUCCUUAUAUGAAGUGUACCCCAGGGCUCCUUGUUUGAGUUUUCAGGUCAAAUUGUGUCUUGGAUAUAUAUCAACAUGCUUUUAUAGAACACUCACCUGACCCAUACUUCUUUGUUCAUUCAUUCAUUAAAACUAGACCUUGCCAUGGACAUCAGUCAGUUGCGAGAUGAAAUUUGUUUGGAAUAAUUAAAAUCCAUUGAUUUAUAUUUAAUUUGCAUACCGGUAUCUUGGCAUACAUGUAUAUACAAUAAAUGCUUCUAUUCCAAAUCAAUCUACUAAAUACUAGCCUUAGGAAGAUAAUUUCAGGCAAGAUUGAAGGUUGUUUUCUCUAUUAAAGGUUACCUGUAAUUUUGUUACAGUUUGCAAGCACAUAAUGUAGCCAGUUAAAAAACAAUAAAGAAAUUUUGCAAAGUAGUUGUAAAUAAUACUAAUUUUAAAUGUUUGCUUAUUCACAAUGUUUGUGAUUGACUAUAAAGCCAGCAGGCUAAAUCAUCAGGCAUCCAUCUCAUAUAUUUGUCAGUGCAUUUUCCAUGUAAAGCUAUCAUGGAUUUGCCUUUUCAUGUAGCAAAUUGCAUGGAUGAGAAUUAACACACUAAUAUUGCGUCAAGACAGUAGUUGAACAUGCCGUUUUUCAAUUUGAGGAGCCUUGGCUAUUAGAAGCACGGAGGGAGGGGGGAUUCAGCCCCUUUAUGGUCUCAGCCACGUGAUCACGACGAAAAUUGGCUUGUGCGUUACCCGCGGCAUAAUCUACAAAACUGUAAGAUCAAAUUCUUUGAAAAAUCUCACCACUAAUCAUUUAUGCUAAUUUAUGCGUAAGUUUCACAGAAACAGACCAGUUCGUAGUUACAUCAGGGACAAUUUUGGUCAAAUGACCUUUCAUUUUUUUCAUUAUGAUAGGCAGAUUUCAAAGCAGGAUAUAACAUAUGCAUGCCUUACAUAGCAGGAUGAAGAAAUUGAAUUAUACCAGGUGACUAGAAUAGCACACCAUUGAAGACUCCAUGAAGGUAUUUGUUGCAUUUCUACUUUGAAUGCAUAUUAUAGCAUGUUGUACAAUGUACUUGGCAAACUGCAGUGAAAUACCAGUCGUGGACGCAUUUUUGUUCUUUGUGGAUGCAAAUGAAAAACACAAUUGAAAAGAAUAUAUGAAUAAUCAAGACACCAAAGUUGGUGCUUAUCUCAUUAAAUUUUAAACCACCAUGCCACUUUAGUACAAAUGACCUUUCUCUGAUCAUGUGCAGAAUCUUCUGAUCAUGCGCAGAAUGGAACUACGAACUGGCUUAUUGGAUGUACACCAUGUGUAAAGUCCUGGAAAGGAAUGAGAGAAAUUGGAUAGAGGUAGAAGUUGAAUGGAAAGGCGAGAAAGAGUAGUUUAGAUAUUAAAGUAUAUCUUUCAGAAAUGAGUGUGGUCUUAAUCCUAAAUCUAACGGGGUAUUUUUAUUAUUGUCAUUCCAGGGGGGGGGGGCCAUUAUGGCCCCCCCUUAAGAUCUCAGCCGCGGAUUGCGCGAUCACAACAAAAAUUUGCAUGAUGGUAGAGAAUGACGUAAUCUACGCAGUUGCAUUGGUAAAUUUCACUGAAUUCAUAUAUUUUUAUUUUAUAUGAAUUAAUUAUGCAAAUUUAUUCAUGAAAUCAAACUUUUUGCUCUGAUUCACUAAAUAAAGCUCCUAGAAUGCUAUUUUUUGGUGAAAAUAUUCUUUAUAGCAUUCCUAACAAUUGUGAAUGAAAAAAAUUCUGGUACCAAGACCGAUUUCUUAUGUAUUUUAUAU